AGCUGUAUUUUUGCCGGGGAAAGAAAAUGGCCACCAAGUAAAGGAUUGUGGGAAGCCGGGAGGCCAAGGGCGGAGGAAAACAGCCCGGAGAGAGAAUGGAUGGCGAAAGCUUGUCAGGAUCUGUCCAUAUCAAGGUGAAAUUCAAAGAUUCGGGGGAAACGAGGAGCCACCUUCUGUGGGGAAUCUGAGGCCAGCCAAGUUUCUCAGGACAAUCCUUGGAAAAGCCAAAAACAUUUCCUGGGAUCCAAAGCCAGGACCGACUUCCAGGAAGAAGCGUGGGACAAAGGAGGCCCAGGAAAGCGGUCCGGUUGCAAAAGAAAGUGCCUCCGUUCCAGCGAGGCCUGAAUCACUGAAGUGGGAACCCCGUGAGGAGGAUAAAGAUGAUUUUGGUUAUGGCUCUGACUUCUUAAUCGAUGCUGAAGGCAAAACUCAUAAACCUGUAGACUUCAAGGAAAUGUCCAGUCAGAGCUCGAACCUGAUAAAACAGCCAAGCGUCCCCACAGGCGACAAGAUGUGUAGCUGUUCAAACUGUGGGAAAAGCACCCGUUUCGUUUUAAGCCCCGUCAGGCACGAUCUGACUCUUGCUGAGGAGGAACUUGAUGAAUGCUCUGGCUGUGGGAAAAACAUUAUUUAUGGUUCUGAUCUUCUUAAAAAGGAAAGGAUCCAUCUAGGAGAUAAACCGAGACAGGAGCCCUUCAAAUGUGGGGAAACGGUCCAUCAGAACAGCAGCUCUCCUCCCUCAGAAAAGAGAGCCGAGAUGGGAGAGAAGCCUCACAAAUGCCCAGCUUGUGGGAAAAGUUUCAGUAAGAGGUGCGCCCUUCGUUGCCACAAGAGGAUUCACACAGGGGAGAGACCCUACACGUGCGCAGAAUGCGGGAAGAGCUUCAGCCGGAAAUCUAGCCUUCUACUGCACGUGAGGACCCAUUCUGGAGUCAAGCCUUUCCAGUGUUCUGAAUGUGGGAAAAGUUUCUUCCGUAGCUCAGACCUCAUGAGGCACGAGAUUACCCACACGGGAGAGAAACCGUACACGUGUUCCAAAUGUGGGAGGUCCUUCAGCCAGAGCUCGACGCUCAUCGCCCACGAGAGGACCCACACGGGCGAGAAACCCUACAAAUGCUCCAUCUGUGGGAGGAGCUUCGGGCAUCACUCGAGCCUUAUCAAACACGAGAGGGCCCACACGGGAGAGAAGCCCUACGUCUGCCCGGCCUGUGGUAGAGGCUUCAGUCAGGGCUUGGGACUCACGUUGCACAUGAGGACGCACACGGGAGAGAGGCCUUUUCAGUGCUUGGCUUGUGGGAAAAGCUACAGUCAGAGGUCCAAGCUGAACAGGCACGAGAAAGUCCAUGUGAAGGAAAAACUUGUCCAGUGGAGUAAAUCCUCCAGCAUUCUCUGAUGCACAAUUAUGCAGAAUUAACCCCAUGAAACUCCAAGGAAUUUAAUCCCGCAUAAAAGAUUCUGUUGUAUUUCAGUUUUAGUUUAGAUUGAGUGAAACUCAAUCAGUUAAAUCUGUGUAGGACUCAAAUAGUUGUUGUUAAGGGAGAGAGAACCGUACCUUUCUUUUUGAAUGCAGUGCAUUCAUAAAGCUGCAACUGGCCCCCUUCUAGGGGAGGUGGAAGGGAGGGGGAUGUCUGCCACAUGUCCUUUCCAGAGAUACUUGUAUUAAACACCUUUUAAGAGUGUUGCAUGGAGAUGCUUUUUUCAGUUGGAUAAUUUUUUUUCGUAGAAUCAUAGAAAUCACAGAAAAGUGAAGUUGGAAGGGGCCUACAAG